UUCCGGACGGCUGGGGGCGGGGCCGACGGGUGCGGCCUCAGCAGUUAGUCCCGAGUCGAGGCUUUCCGCUCGGGCUCCGAGUUGGCUCUUGGGUUGCUGGUCGCCGUGGCCUGUAGGUUUGCGGUCGGGCGGAGGCGCGCGGUGCAAUGGCGACCUUUGUGAGCGAGCUGGAGGCGGCGAAGAAGAACUUGAGCGAGGCGCUGGGGGACAACGUGAAACAAUACUGGGCUAACUUAAAGUUGUGGUUCAAGCAGAAGAUCAGCAAAGAGGAGUUUGAUCUCGAAGCUCAUAGACUUCUCACACAGGACAAUGUGCAUUCUCACAACGAUUUCCUGCUGGCCAUUCUCACGCGCUGUCAGAUUCUGGUUUCUACACCAGAGGGUGCUGGAUCUUUACCCUGGACAGGAGGUUCUGCAGCCAAACCUGGAAAACCCAAGGGCAAGAAAAAGCUUUCUUCUGUUCGUCAGAAAUUCGAUCAUAGAUUCCAGCCUCAGAACCCCCUCUCUGGAGCACAGCAGUUUGUGGCAAAGGACCCCCAAGAUGAUGAUGACCUGAAACUUUGUUCUCAUACAAUGAUGCUUCCUACCCGUGGCCAACUUGAAGGGAGAAUGAUUGUGACUGCCUAUGAGCAUGGGCUGGAUAAUGUCACUGAGGAGGCUGUGUCAGCUGUUGUCUAUGCAGUAGAGAAUCACCUCAAAGACAUACUAACCUCAGUUGUGUCAAGAAGGAAAGCCUAUCGGUUACGAGAUGGCCAUUUUAAAUAUGCCUUCGGCAGUAACGUGACCCCACAGCCUUACCUGAAGAAUAGCGUGGUGGCGUACAAUAACUUAGUGGAGAGCCCUCCAGCUUUUUCUACUCCUUGUGCCAGUCAGAACCUGGCUUCUCACCCACCCCCUGAUGAUGCUGAGCAGCAGGCUGCCUUCCUGCUGGCAUGCUCUGGGGACACUCUGCCUGCAUCUUUGCCUCCUGUGAACAUGUAUGACCUUUUUGAAGCUUUGCAGGUACACAGGGAAGUCAUUCCUACCCAUACUGUGUAUGCUCUGAAUAUUGAAAGAAUUAUCAUGAAACUUUGGCACCCAAAUCAUGAAGAGCUACAGCAAGACAAAGUCCAUCGUCAGCGCUUGGCAGCCAAAGAAGGACUUUUGUUCUGCUGAGUUAAGAUUUGAGGUUCUGGGACCAUCACCAAAUUCAUUGGUUACUGAAAGUUGAAUGCUUUCUGGGUCCACAUUUCAAUGCUGAAGUGUAUAAUGUAUGUAUAACCUUUCCUAUGGAAAUGUGAUAUCAAGUACAUUUUGUGUUGCUACUGUGAAGCCAUUACUAUCUGUUUGACUGAUAAUGACCUAUGUGUGUGUAUUUAUGUUCCCAGUUAUGGGAGCAGGCCUUGCCUGGAGUAAGGAUGUUAGGUGAUUGAGGCUUAGUGUCUGGUUUGCUUGUAAGAUAGAUGAUAUCCUAGAAUAAAGAAGCUAUUGUAGCUUAGUCCCCAUGACUAGCAGGACUUUUGUGUGUUCAGUGAGUAUAGUCUGUAUCUGGAAAGUUACAAUUUUCUGAUUCUCCUGAAGAACUAUAGUCUACAUAUUGGUUAGAAUAACCUAGACAGUGUUAAAACACCAGAUACCUCCUGUAGUGACUAGUUAGCAGCUGUUAGAAAAUUUCAAGCAGCCCAUCAUUUUCGAUUCAGAAAUGCUGUACUAGCUGACAAAUAACUUUUUUUCUUUUGUAUUUAAAACCCAAAUUCAAAUUCUGAGAACACAGUUGGCCAUAUACAAUGUCUCCCCAUAGCUGUGUGCUGUCAGCCCUAACUCAUUCAGAAAAUCAACAGCUUAAAGUUCAGCUCUUGGCACAAACCCUUUAGUGUUAGGUGAGGUGAUCCUUAAGAAUUUUUAGGGGUUGGAAGAAUUUAAACUGGUAUUCACAGUUAAUUUCUUUUAGCAUUAAUAUGCCCAGAGACUAACUGAUAAGCUCAUGUGUUUAUUCCUAUAGAAUGUUUUUAAGAAAUCUUAAAAAUUGGGUUUAUGAUUGGUAAUUCCAUUUCUAUAAGAUAUUUGUAUCCUUUCAAGUGAUACCAUGAAAAUAAUUUACAUUUGGUAGUUACUGAUAACCAACUUUGUUUUAAAGACGUUGCUUUUUAAAAAAUUUUUUAAAUUUUUUAUUUGAGAGAGAGAGAAAGAGGCAGAGAGAGGGUGGGAGGGGAGAAUGGGCGC